UGUGCGCACGCGCCCAGACAGCCUGGUAAUGGCUGCGCCCGAAGGGUCGCUGCGAAAACGGAAGGUCGGAGAUGCGGAUCAGGGUCCAGCGUCGCCACCCGCUCCGGCUGGAGAUCCUGGGGCCUCUCCAGCUCGGCUGCGCACGGGCACCUUCUGGCUGACCAGGGUCGUGCUCCUGCAGGCCCUCGCUUUCAUUUACUUUGUGGCCUUCUUGGUGGCAUUCAAUCAGAACAAGGCCCUUAUUGGUGACCGGGGCCUGCUGCCCUGCAGACUAUACCUGAAGAAUGUCCAGCAGUACUUCCAGGGCAAGACCGGCUGGGCUGCCUGGAGCUAUUCUCCAACCAUUAUGUGGCUGUUGGACUGGUCAAACAUGAACUUCAACCUGGACCUCCUUGCUCUCCUUGGGCUGGGCCUCUCAUCCUUUGUCCUGGUGACCGGCUGUGCCAACAUGAUACUCAUGGCUGCCCUCUGGGUCCUCUACAUGUCCCUGGUCAACGUAGGGCAGAUCUGGUAUUCUUUUGGUAAGUGACAAUCAUGCAGAAAAAAACUCUGCGAGGGCUUGCCUUGUGUGUUGGGGAUGGGAGUCACAGCUGCUGGAAACAGGAUUCCUGGGAAUCUUUCUGUGCCCUCUCUGGACGCUGUCCCGCCUCCCCAAGCACACCCCCACAUCCCGAGUUGUCCUGUGGGGCUUCCGCUGGCUGAUCUUCAGGAUCAUGCUUGGAGCGGGUCUAAUCAAGAUCCGUGGGGACAAGUGCUGGCUGGACCUGACCUGCAUGGAUUUCCACUAUGAGACUCAGCCAGUGCCCAACCCAAUGGCCUACUACCUGCACAGGUCGCCCUGGUGGUUCCAUCGCUUUGAGACACUCAGCAACCACUUCGUGGAGCUCCUUGUGCCUUUCUUCCUGUUCCUCGGGCGCCGAGUGUGCAUUCUUCAUGGGGUGCUGCAGAUCCUUUUCCAGGUGAUCCUCAUCAUCAGUGGGAAUCUGAGCUUCCUGAACUGGCUCACCAUCGUGCCCAGCCUUGCCUGCUUCGAUGAUGCAGCUCUGGGAUUCCUGUUUCCCUCAGGACCUCAAGGCCUAAAGAACCAAGUGCUGGAGAUGCAGAGAGAAGAUACACAAGGGGUCCAGCCCAAGCCAAGAUAUGGCUGCUUGGUGCGGCGAGUGGUCAACGUCUCCCUGGGCAUCCUGGUGGCCUGGCUCAGCGUGCCUGUGGUUAUCAACCUACUAAGCUCCAGGCAGGUCAUGAACACCUCCUUCAACCCACUCAGGAUCGUCAAUACCUACGGGGCCUUUGGAAGUAUCACCAAGGAACGGACUGAGGUGAUCCUGCAGGGCACAGCUAGCCCCAAUGCCAGUGCGCCUGAUGCGGUGUGGGAGGACUACGAGUUCAAGUGCAAACCAGGCGACCCCUGGAGGCGGCCAUGCCUCAUCUCUCCCUACCACUACCGCCUGGACUGGCUAAUGUGGUUCGCAGCUUUCCAGACCUAUGAGCAAAAUGAGUGGAUCAUUCACCUGGCGGGUAAGCUCCUAGCUGGUGACGCUGAGGCCCUGUCCCUGAUGGCCCUCAAUCCCUUUGAGGGCAGGGCUCCCCCCAGGUGGAUUCGAGGAGAACACUACCGGUACCGGUUCAGCCCCCCAAGUGGCCAGCACGCUGCCCAGGGCAAGUGGUGGAUACGCAAGCGGAUCGGCCCUUACUUCCCCCCACUCCGCCUCGAGGAUUUGAAGGACUACUUUAGGUCUCGGGAGUGGCCACUGCCAGAACCUCACCCACACACACCCUGAAAUAAAGACCAGAGACUUAA